GGGGCCCUGCGCGGCUCACGUUUUUCUCUGCGUGGUUAAUGGAGAGACGCUGAGCUCCGCUGACCUCUAUCCUUCAUCCACACCGACAAAAUGUUUAAAAUCGAGGGCCUGGGGCCGAAGAUGGACCCGGAGGAGCUGAGGAGGAAGAUGAGGGAGGAUGUGAUCUCCUCUGUGAGGAACUUUCUGAUCUAUGUGGCGCUGCUGAGAGUCACACCCUACGUUUUGAAGAAGUUGGACAGCAUAUGAGAACACUGAGCCUGGUGUGGAUCUUCACCUGAACACUUCAGCACGCCCUGAAUGGUGCAGCUCACAUCCAUGAAGCUCUGUCAACUGUCAGUCGUGUUGCUUUAUUCUUUCCUGGAAGCCACUGAAUGUACUUUAUUUUGAGUGCAGGUUUUGCACUGGUGUUGUCCUUACAGUUUAUGAAGUGACCUGUCAGUGAUGUUAUGGACCAUUCUGUGUUGAUCACUAGACAUGGACUAAGCAAUAAACCCUCAAUGUACUAAACUUUC